AUGCAGAGCGGCAACAUCCUCCAGAUCCCGUUUCGAAGAACGCACAGUCUCCUGCUGUCUGAGCCAAUCAAGAACUAUAUCGAGACGAAGUAUGACCAGCACCCUAAUACUUUCGCCAGGGAUCUUGAAGUGAUUGAUCAGUUACGGAAGGAUGCUGUCAACGCUCUCGAACCGCACAGUAGCGGAGUGCGCAAAUUGCAGCAAUAUGCGGCGCAGCUAGUGUAUAUGAGUGGAAAGUUUCCGGUUGACAUUGGCGCAGACUUCACAUGGUAUCCAUCAUUAGGCUAUCAUACUAACCAGGCCCAUACUGAGAACAAUAUCCGUUUCGAGCUCGCGAACGUGCUGUUUAAUCUUGCGGCGAUGUACUCGCAGCUUGCUCUCUCCUCGAAUCGGGCUACUGCGGACGGUUUAAAAGCUGCCGCGAACAAUUUCUGCUUCGCUGCAGGUGUUGUGGAGCACCACAAGACGGUCAUCUUGCCAGAACUCCGAAGCAGUCCAUCGGAGGAUAUGGAUGGUCUAACGCUGGAAGCACUGCAGGCUCUCAUGUUGGCGCAGGCGCAAGAGUGCUUCUGGCAGAAAGCAGUCAAGGACGGUCUCCGGGACGCCAGCAUAGCGAAGUUGGCAGCUAAAGUCAGCGAUUUGUACAGCGAAGCCGCAGAUUGGGCUCUCAAGAGUGCGAGUGUCAACAGCGAGUGGAUUCACCACAUGAACGCUAAGCACCACCACUUCGCUGCCGCGGCGCAAUACCGUGCUGCAUGUGACUGCUUGGAGAAGAGAAAGUACGGCGAGGAAGUCGCCAGACUGCGAGACAGCCUCAGCUGCGUGAACGAGGCACUGAAGGAGAGCAAGUGGAUCAAUAGGGCAGUACUCGGCGAUCUAAACGGCCUGCGAAGCAGGGUUUCGGAGGACUUGAAGCGGGCUGAGAAAGACAACGACACUAUCUACCUGAUCCCAGAGCCAUCGAAGUCCGAGCUGAAAGUGCUAGACAGGGCAAGCAUGGUGGCUGCCAAGAUACCAAAGGAAAUCAGCCACUCACAAGAAAUGCUUGGUGACCAUGGAGACCUUGGAAAGCCGCUCUUCGCCAAACUGGUGCCGUACAGUGUUCACGUCGCCGCGUCAAUAUAUGCAGAUCGACGCGAUCGGCUCGUUAAUCAAGCUAUUAUUGCGGAGUUAGAAGCGAUUACUGCGCGUAUUAAAGAUCUGCUAGCGAGUUUGAGCCUGCCGGGGUCAUUGCAGGCGCUCGAGAAACCCUUAGGCCUGCCUCCGGGUUUGGCGAGUCAUGCGGAAGAGGUGCGACAGAAUGGUGGAGUGCAUCGGCUGCACGACACCAUUGCCAACACAGCGAAAUUGAAGUCCAGCGUAAGAGCGAUGUAUCAGGAUGGCGUCGAUCUUCUCCGUACAGAGGCGGGCGAAGAUGAGGCGGCGAGGCGGAAGUUCGGUACUGAUCGGUGGUCACGCCUAGCUGCGAAGGAUGCUCUCCCAAAGCUGUAUACACAGGUCGAUGAGAUUAACGGGUAUUUGAAGCAAGCGGACAACAGCGAUGAGCUCGUGCAGAGCAGACUUCGUGAACACGAAAGCUUGAUCCGCUUACUGGGUGGCACCGAUCGAGAUCUGGAGGACUACGUGCCGAGCAGCAGCCGUGCAACUAUGACGGCGAAGGUGGAGAGGGAAGCGAACAACCUACGUGGCACUCUGAACGAAGUUAACCGCCUCGAAAGCCGAAGGCGGAAAAGGGUCGAGGCAUUGAAGACGAAGAAGAAUGAAGACGAGGUCCUUCCCGAUCUUUUGCGUGAAACUGCGCGCUUGGAACGCGAGUAUCCAAUGCAACCCAUUACAGCCUCGCAAUUCGAGCAUCUCUUCGACGACCGGCUCAAGAGAUACGAUUCGGAUCAAAACGAUUUGAGACAAGAGGACGCCGAGAUGGUUGCCUUGGCCGAGCGAAUACGAUCUGCAAGCCAUUCCUUCCAAGUUGCGAGACAGGGCGAUCAAUCAUCUCGUGAACGCGAACAAGCUCUGCAAAACCUCGAGAACGCAUACGCCGCCUACACACAGAUUGUUCGCGACCUCGAGACGGGUCGCAAGUUCUACAACGACCUGGGUGCCAUCGUGACACGCUUUCGCGAUGAAUGUCGAAACUUUGUCUAUACCCGUCGCACCGAAGGGCAAGCGCUCGAGUCGGAUCUGUCGAAUGCAAUGGCAGGCAUGCAUCUCCAGCAGCAGAACCAGCAGAGUCUCAUUUCCGAAAAGAACGCCCAAGCACGCACUCAGCAGCCCCAACCACAGCAGCACGUACCACCCACCGCCAGAAUGGUUGAAGGGGCCAUCGCAGCCCCGACGCCUCAGCGCCCACAAGCGCAGCCUCCGCCUGUUACUGCCGUGCAGGAGAGCCCGCAGACAGUCUGGCAGCAAGGCAUGCCCAUGGUGUUUGCCGGGCCAAAAGCUGCUGCUGGCACGAAUGGCGGUAUGAACGGCGCAACUGCUGUAGAUGGCCGAUGGGAGCCAAGCAAAGGACUGCGUUUCACGCCUCGAUAA